AUGGCAUCGCCGUCACCGUGGCCUGAAAAGCUCCUCGGUCCCAUCAUCGCCGGCCUCCGCGCAACGUGCCGUUCGUGCCCCAGCGUUCCAUCGCCGCCGCCGUGGUCCGAACUCCCACUGGACCUCCUAGGCCUCAUCGUCGCCGAGCUCCCAGACCCGGCCGACCGCGCCCACUUCAGCUCCGUGUGCCGUUCCUGGCGCUCGGCCCCCUACCCCGACACACGGCAGCUACCCGUCGACCGCCUACCAAUAUCGUCACCCCCGACCUCCCAACGCCAGCCACCACCAUGGCGCCAUAUCUGGCGCUCGGUCUUCUCCCGGCGGCGGCAACAUCCGUGGGUCGUGCUCCCGGGCGGCUUCUUCCUCGAAGACCUCCCUCCGCAGUUGUCCGACGUCUGGCCGGAACCGACCGCCUCCUUCCCCGAGAACCUGCGGUGCGUCGGCUCCACCGGCAGCUGGCUCGCCCUCGACCGCACGGACGGCGAGGGAAGGCAUGCCUACUUCUUGCACGAUCCUUUCUCUAGGGCAACCGUGCCGCUCCCGGAGCUGGACGCCGUCGUCGGCGACGUCUCCGAGUUGUUCACGAUCCGCAAGGUGCUCAUGCGGUCGACCCCUGAUGACCUCAUCGUGGUUAUGACCAACAACAGGGAUCUCCCUAUAUUUUCAGUGCAGCGAGGGAAAGGUGUGUUGUUACCACAGCCGGAAACAGCUCCCGUGGACUUGGGCACCGUCGUCGACAUUGCCUUUCUUCGAGAUAAACUCUACGGACUCACCAUGGAUGGACUUGUGUCCCUCCCCAUCACCUUCGACGAUGUCCACGACAUACCCAUGGCUACUAGUAUUGAGCAGAUCAUAUGGAGCAACAUUGAUUAUGACGAUGUAGCAGGCAAUGAUGAGGACGAGGACGAGGACAACACAGACGAUGAGGGUGCCAAGCAAAACAUUGGUGAGGUUGAGAAUGAUAAUGACGAGCUUCGUCUUAGCGAAGAGGAUAAAGCCGAACGGCGUAAUCACAUCAAAUUGAUGUUAAAAGCUAGGGACGGCAAGGUAGGCCCCGGCUUCCGGUGUGAAGCCGACUAUAUGAUCUUUCGGUACUUGGUCGAGUCAUGUGGGAAGCUUUUCAUGGUGAUUCGAGAAGCGGAUAGCGCGAGAUUCACUUACAAGCACUACUAAAAAUCCCCGGAUUUCCGACGGUGAAAUUUAAUAGCCGAGGGGCCGUCGACUAUUUUAAUAAUAACCGACGGUUAUCCUCUACUCAUAGUUAUAACUAGCUAUAACCGAC